GCGGGGAAUCAAUCCGGCAACCUUCUGAUUACUAGCCCGACUCCCUCAGCGCUUAGCCAUCUGACUCCCAAAAUAGUAGGAACACAAUGUUUUCUACAAGCAGUUAAUAACACAGGGCUCAACAGUUUCCAAAUUGUAUCAGCUCUCAAGAAGCUGACCCCUUCAAAGAUGAAGAUAUUCUUCAUGUCAGCUUGGCACGUCAGAAGGUUGUUCUGUGUUCGUUUCAGAUGCUGGGUUGUGUCCCAGUUUAAAUAGUGAAGACCUGCUAUGUUUAGCCUAGCAAGAUUACAGCUGCACAACGUCUACUGAGUUUAACGGUACAUUAAAAUUGGAGAGGCGAUACAGAUCCGAUUUCUGGGGCUAGUAACGCCCCUAUCUCUAACGCCCCUACUGGCCGACAUAUAAACAGAUGCACGUGCUUCAGUCUCAACUGCGGGGAGUAGGCUACGUUUAUCCGUUGACCGAACGAAUGUAGACAGUCCCAGCCUUGAUAAUUUGCUGAUUAUUUUACUUGCACUGAUUUGUGGGAUAUACAGUAUUGGCAAAUGGCAAUCUAUCAAUCUGCAAAGAAUAACUAAGAACAUCACUAGCCUACAGAAGGACUGUUUUUAAAUAGGUUGCCGUAGUUUAGAUAAUUACAUUUUAAUCAGCCAGUGAGAGAUUAGACACAAACGUUGACGUCCUUUCAGAACAGCGGAGACUCAAACUAUUGCAAUUGGUUGAAACUUUAUUUUGUGCAAACAACAAUAAACAGUUCGUGAGAACAGCCGAAACGACCACUCACAGACCAUGAAGCUGGUCUUCCCUUUUUCAUCCGAUUCAAUGUUAACUUCAGGGACACCGUUUCGAAUUCCGGGGAAAUUCCGACGGAACUCCAAGAGUCAGAGCAAUAUCGUGGAUGCCCCUGUUGCUCCUAUUGAAGAUGUGCUUACUUUCGAGCAGAACCUUGACAGAGGUUUCCUCUCCACUGCUGGGAAGCAGCUGCUAUCGAGAGAGGAGCUCCUGUUCGGACAGCGGAGCACGGAGGAGACAGAGGAGAGGAAGCACAUUGCCAGGGACUGGGAAACCCUUUACGCGAAAAUCAACGAGGCUUUGCGAGGCACUUUCAAUCCAGAGAACAUUCCAGAAGUUCUAACGUCCGCAGUAGAAGCUAUCCAGCAAGAGGAAGAACAGGACAGGAGAUGGGAGGAAGGCAGACAGAGUGGGGAUCCCCCGACAUGGAGACCCCGCCGCUGCAGUGCCCUUCACCAUUCUCUUCUCCAGGGCAUGGUGGAGGAGCGUCUGGACGACGAGGAGAUCACCCAUUUGCAGCAGGGCACUGAGAAGCUCUCAUCGGUGCAGAAGGACAUUGUCAGGAUGGCCAAGCGUCUGAAGGACGACCUUCUGAGAGUGGUGGAGGUUGUGAAGGGCUGCUACCCGGACGAGAUGGACAUCUGCAACGUGUAUGCGUCGAUGUAUCACCAAGCCUUUGGCACCAGGCUGAAGGGCAUUGUGGCAUUUGAGCUGUGUGAAAAAGACAGCUCUUAUGUCCUGCAAUGGGUGAAUAGCUACUAUCCACAAAUGCUGAAGAAACAGGAAUUCAUCAAGGAGAUCGAACUUGAGAAUUUGGGAAAGCUGCUACCAGAGGCGGUGAUGAAACCACUGGAAGAACAAUAUAUUACUUUCAAACAGGAGGAGGUGCAGAGACAGAUGGGUGUCAUGCUGAGUCAGGAAGAGCAGACCUGGAGGGACGGAGGGGAACCUGAGCUCAGAGAGGGCUGCUACUACAGCCACCUGGCCUUUGACCUCCUGCCGUGUGUUAGCGGGGCUAUCAAAUCAGCAGAGGCUGUUAUUGGUGACAGGAAGAAUGGCCUCAGGAUUGAGUCCUUGUUGAAGAACUUCUUAGACAGCUUCAAGAAAUUCCAGGAUGAUGUCCAAGCAAAGUGUAAGAUCAGGAGAAGCCCAACAAACAGCAGAGCUGUUGUAAUGGCUAACCUCAACAGUGUGGAGCUGGUGAGGGUCUACGUUGAGAAAGGGGCUGAUAUCUUUUCAGGAGAUGAGAAGGAAUUUUGUUUGUCCAUAGUUGCUGCCAUGAAAUCAUCUACCUAUGAAUUUGUCUUGAGCCCUGUACACAUAGACCUCAAGCCUACCUAUCGCAGUCUGGGAACCAAGGACUGGCUGAAAAAGCAGUGUGUGUUUGAGAAGCUGUUGGAGGAAAUUGGGAAACACAUCAAGGAUCUCAGAGGCCUGAAUUCCGCCUGCCAUCAGGAGCUGAUGAGCCGGCUACACCUGGAAGUGAGCGUGGAGUAUGUGAGGAGGUUGCUGAAGGGGAAGAUCACACUGAAGAAUAAGGACAUGCAGGAGAGGGCAGCUGAGGUCGUGUGGGGCAACUGCCAGACACUGCACAACGUUUUUCUAAGCGAGGGUUCAAGCCACAGCUGGCUGAGUGAGCCAAUGGGCCACAUUGCUGAGGUGCUCAAACUACAAGAUGUGAAUUCUUUACAACUAGAGAUUGCCUCUCUGGCUUUAACCUACCCUGAUCUCAGUGAGAAACAUGUUGCUGCCCUGCUGAACCUCAAAUCUAAUCUGAGCAAGGAUGACAGGAACAGGGUGAAAAGUGCCUUUUUGGACGGGCGGUCAGAGUCCAUAUACAGUGGGGAAGAUCCUUUUUUUUCCAAAAUUGUGGUCAAAUAAGAUACAGACUGUUCUUUGAAUCUGACAGAGCUGAAUCUGACAGAGCUGAAUCUGACAGAACUUCAUUCAAGUAAAGUGAGGGGUUUUUUCAAACAAAGUACUGAUACCAGAAAAAUAAAUAGCGAAGUAAAGUACUGAUACCAGAGUAUCAGUAUUUGUAUUUGGUUACUUCCCAUCUCUGUAAUCUGAUCAGAGAAAUAAACUAUUCACUUCUGUUCCAUGAUCUUCUGCUUGUGUAUGUGCAAUAUUUAUCAUGUAAAGUGUGUUUACUAUUAAAGCCGUAUUGUGGUCUAUAUAGGAACAUUUUCAAAACAAAAUGAUUCCAUGUCUUUAAUUAUAAAACAAAUAGGUGCUGGUUUUAUUUGAAUUAAAAGUGUACAUUUGUAAAAUGAUCAAAUCUACUUAUGUGAAUUUACCUGUGUGCUUAAAUUUGCUAAUAAAUCCUCAACUUUUAUUAGCCCGUUCCAUGUUUCGUGAGUAUUGUGAGCCUAGACAGGUUAAACUCACAAAAUCAUAAUACACAGUGUAUUUAUACUUUUGUCAUUUAAGAUGAUAGGAAUAGGAGGAAGGAUGUGACCAAUAAGGAAGAGUGUAUUGAAAUGUCCACAGCAGGAUGGAUGUUUAGUUUCAGCUAUGUUAGUGUUUCGUCUUCCUUGGAAAAACAGUUGGGAGAUUCAAGGAUAGAGGUCCUUGAUUCUGAUCCCUGAAAUAUCGUGUUGAGCCUUGCCCUACUGCUGUAGAAUUUCACUGCCCUAAUAGCGCUAUACUAUUUGGUGCAUGUGACAAACCACUUUUACUUGGAUAAAAGUGUCUGCUAAAUGUAUUAAAUGUAAAUGUAUAAUGUACAUAAGGUUUUUAAUAGAGAUGAAUCCUUAAUUAAUCAUAGCUUCCGGUUCCUGGCUUCUGCCAGUUAAAAUAAAACAACCCUCUUGUGGUCCUCAUUGUCCUUCAGCAACUGCUUAGUCUGCUCAGACUAUGGACUACAGUAUGACAUCAAAUCAAUGAUGGACUACUAUGACAUCAAAUCAAUGAUGGACUACAGUAUGCCAUCAAAUCAAUGAUGGACUACAGUAUGACAUCAAUGAUGGACUACAGUAUGACAUCAAUGAUGGACUACAGUAUGACAUCAAUGAUGGACUACAGUAUGACAUCAAUGAUGGACUACAGUAUGACAUCAAAUCAAUGUAAAAAAGAGUGUUGUAAUGAUUACCAGAACUAAAGAGGACAAGAAACUAUGCCUCCCCUCCUUUUACUUGUCAAGGCAGGAGCUGAAAGUAGUUGCUAAGACCAAAUCACCUGGGCCACAUCAUCAGGGAUGAUUUUUGUGAUGAUGAUGACAUACAGCGCCAGUGCUGUAAAUUAUAUGGACAAGCAAAUAUGCUGGCACUCAAAUUUCAUAUGUGCAAUGACAUUGUUAAAACAUCUCUUUUUAGAGCAUACUGUACUCCCCUGUAUACAGCUCACCUAUGGUGCAGCUACGGUAAAGCAAAGAUACAUAAAAUGAAAGUGGCAUGUGUAUUUUUGUGUGUAUGUUUUGUAUGUUCCCUUUUUGUAAUAUGUGGUAGCCAGUAUGUCUGUAUGUAUUUAUGUUUGUGUGUACCCUUGUUGUCAUAUGUUAUGUGUAUUUUUCUAUCUGGACCUUGAGUCUGCAAAUAAGGUGAUAUAUAUAUUGUCAUUAAGUAAACAUUGGUUUCUCUUUUAAGAGUCAGUUGGAAAUCCCACUAAUAGUUCCCUUACAAUUGGUUGGGGAAUUCCUCAAAAGAUAGGAUCUGUUUUGUCUCCAUCUAGGGACCAUUGUUGUUUUGUAUCAAGCAGUUGCAAUAAGGCCAGUCAGCAAAAAUGCUGAAAAAACAAAUGACUCCAUUACAGGAAAGAUUUUGAUCUCUUCUUUUCUAUCUAUAAAUGGACAUCCAACAUAAUUUAACAACAAAAAGCAUGUCAAAAAAAAUAACAUAUCAAAACAUCCAUCCAUACAUGUACCUCACUUCUCAACUCAAUAAAAUACACAACAACUACAUCAGUAA